UUUAUGAGCUGCCAAAGUAAACUUCAUUAGUGCGACUAGGCCAGAAUUCUAUAUGAUUGCAAACUGAUGCAAUAUUAAUAUUUGAUCGAACUCAUAACGCCUUUAAACCUUUUCUUGUUUCGGACAGGUCACAGUAUUACUUCAUAGCUGACAAUACUCUUUCGAUGGGUUUUACGGAUCAUAUACCCAAUAGUUUCCUGAUAUUUGACUCAGUUUUCUUGGCGCUGGGAUUGGCCAGUAACCUCUUCGUGUGCUUUAUCAUGACUCGACGCAAGUUGGUAGGAAAGAACCUCUCCAAUUUUUACAUAUUUCAUCUCUCGAUGGCUGAAGUCGUUUACAGGUUCAUGAUGGCUGUGGUGAGAAUCUUCACCUCAAUGACAGACCCUCGUUUGUUAUCCCACGGUGAAUGCAAGGCCAUGGAAUUUUUUCCUCACGCAACGUGUGCAACUGUGUUCUUUCUUCUCGCUGGACUUGCCAUGGAUCGUAAAAACCACAUUGUAAAUCCUCUGAGAAAUUUGGCUCUCACUGCACACCGCAAGAAGAGAAUUGCCUCAAUUUGGUUAUUUUCUGUGGCCAUUUCGUUUCCAAUAAUAUUUGGGGCCCACGUCAACCCGCGCGUGAUGGGAAUUACAAGACAAGACAAUUUAUCAGAACCCAUUUACACCACACCUGCGUUUAUUUGUGUUCUUCCACGCAGUUCUUUUGCAAGUCAAAUUUCGUUCACGAUUUAUUUUUUCUUUACGUUUGUUGCUCCUUUGUCAAUAAUUACAACCUCGUAUUGGAAGAUUUUUAUUUUCUUGCGAAAAAGAGCCAUUAAGCGUACAAUGAGCCCAUGUUACAUAAGGUCUAAAUACAACGCUCUUCGUAUGCUUGUUUUGAUUGUUGUAAGUUUCCUGUUCAGCUGGGGACCAUUCAUGCUCUUAGAAUUAGCAAAGGUUUACGGUGCCAAUGUUAGGUUUGGAGAUAUUUCUGUCAAACAAUUUGUAGUGAGUAUUUCGCUGACCAGCUCAGUCAUUCAUCCAGUGUUAUAUUCAUUUGGAAAUGCGAAUUUUCGAUGCGAGGUUGUGAGGACUUUUAGAGACUGUAAAAUAUGGUUUUCUAGAAAGAUAGAGACACUGAACUUUAGAUUUUAGCCAGUUACAAACUAUGGAUGAAUACACAAGUUCAAAUUAACGCAAUACUGAUAAAUUUGCACAGAAAACAGCCACUGUAGCAUUUCAUUCGGUGUUUUACUCGUGUAGACGGAAUAUGUUCCUUAAAGUGUUAGCAAUAAUAAGGAAUAAUAAACCGUUUCGUUGUUUGUUGUUGUUGUUUUGCGGUGGCGAGUACGAGGAGCACAUCAAAAUUCGCAGAUGAGAUCAAAGUCACAUAAAAAUAUUUCUUUGGUUCUCAAGAAAUUAGUUUUGUCUUGUAAAAGAAAGCAAAUCAUUAAUCUAUGAGCCAAACUGACUAUGAUUCAGUUACA